GUACGUCCACACACACACUCAUACACAACAUAUAUUUGUCGGCUUCAUGUCCAAAUAUGUCCAUGAUCCAGCAAACAUUCAUCUAGAAUAUUCAAUCAUUAUAUUUCUCCAAAAGAAAAAAAAUAUAAUUAAUUGUCAAAUAUUAUAUAAACAAUUAAAAUGACAACAGUUGCGAGUGCCUUGGCCUUGGCCGGUUCUCGUCAAUCUGGUGCAUCAGUUCGUGCUCAAAAUGCAAAUGCUGUUUAUGCCAUGUCCAACAUUGUCAAGAGUUCACUUGGUCCAGUGGGUCUUGAUAAAAUGCUCAUUGAUGAUGUUGGUGAAGUAACAGUGACAAAUGAUGGAGCAACAAUUGUUGCAAGUCUUCAAAUUGAUCAUCCAGCAGCUCGUGUUGUUGCUGAACUUGCACAACUUCAAGAUGUCGAAGUUGGUGAUGGUACAACAUCUGUUGUUAUAAUUGCUGCUGAAUUAUUAAAAAAUGCUGAUGAAUUGGUACAACAACAUAUACAUCCAACAUCAGUUAUAAGUGGUUAUCGUUUAGCUUGUAAAGAAGCAUGUAAAUAUAUACAAGAAAAUUUGACAAUUGCUGUUGAAGAACUUGAUCGUGAUGCAAUUGUAAAUGUUGCUAAAACAUCAAUGUCAAGUAAAAUCAUUGGUGCUGAUUCAAGCUUUUUUGGCAAUAUGGUUGUUGAUGCAGCAACUGCUAUUAAAAUAAAUGAUGGUAAAGGUGGACAUUUAUAUCCAAUUAAAGCUGUUAAUGUAUUAAAAGCACAUGGUAAAAGUGUUAGAGAAUCAAAGCUCAUUCAAGGAUAUGCAUUAAAUUGUAUUGUGGCAUCACAAGCUAUGCCCAAAAAAAUAGUAAAUGCUAAAAUAGCAAUAUUAGAUUUUUCACUGCAAAAAACUAAAAUGAAAUUGGGUGUUGAAGUACUUAUUAAUGAUCCAGAAAAAUUAGAAGGUGUACGUCAACGUGAAAUUGAUAUCACCAAAGAAAGAAUUGAGAAAAUAAUAAAUGCUGGUGCAAAUGUUAUUCUAUUAACUGGUGGUAUUGAUGAUCUUUGUCUUAAAUAUUUUGUUGAAUCUGGUGUUAUGGCUGUUAGAAGAUGUAAAAAAGUUGAUUUAAAAAGAAUUGCAAAAGCAACUGGUGCACAAUUUUUAACAUCAUUAACAAAUAUGGAUGGUGAUGAAAGUUUUGAAGCAAGUUAUCUUGGUGAAGCUGCUGAAGUUGUACAAGAAGUUGUUUGUGAUGAUGAAUUACUUCUUAUUAAAGGACCAAAAGCAAGAACAGCAGCAUCAAUAAUCUUACGUGGACCAAAUGAUUAUUAUUGUGAUGAAAUGGAAAGAUCAAUUCACGAUGCACUUUGUGUUGUUAAACGUGUACUUGAAAGUAAAAAUGUUGUUGCUGGUGGUGGCUGUGUUGAAGCAGCACUAUCAAUAUAUUUAGAAAAUUUUGCAACAACAUUAAGCUCACGAGAACAAUUGGCAAUUGCUGAAUUUGCCAAAUCAUUAUUGGUUAUUCCAAAAACCCUGGCUGUUAAUGCUGCACAAGAUUCAACAGAUCUUGUUGCUAAACUUCGUGCUUAUCAUAAUUCAUCACAAACACAAGUUGAACAUGCCAACUUAAAAUGGAUUGGUCUUGAUCUUGUUGAGGGUACUGUAAGAGAUAACAAAAAAGCUGGUAUACUUGAACCAGCAAUAUCAAAAAUUAAAUCACUUAAAUUUGCAACUGAAGCUGCCAUCACAAUUCUUCGUAUUGAUGACAUGAUUAAACUUGAUCCAGAACAAAAAGGAGGUAAAUCUUACAAUGAUGCUAUGGCUGCUGGUGAGCUUGAAGAUUAAUUUUAACAUUAAUUUUCUUUACCCGUUUUUUUUUUUUAUAAAUCAUUCUUUCUGUUAAUGUCAUAUUUUUUUUUUUUUUAUCUUUUUUUUUUUAUAUUAAAAAACACAAUGAUUUAUUUUAAAUUUUCACAAUAUAUUAAUAAUUAAUUACUACUCGCUUGUAUAAAGUAUGAUAAAUACUUCAUCUUGGAAAUAAAAUAA